AUGUAUUGUGGAAUGGGGUAUGAUAAGACGCCAAGCUCAAGGUUGAUUAGGCGGCCCAUCAAACGACAAUCGUACGACGUUUGUAGGAACCCUGCUAGCGCUAACCCUUCAAGCAAAUCAACUGCAACCAUCGUGUAUAGCUCCGAGCUAAAGCCUUCUCAUCUCCCAGAAAGAGCUUGCCAUCUGGCGCCGACCUUCGCAAAUCUUUUAAGGCAAUGUACAAUAAAUUUUGAAAACAUCAGCGCUGGACUAGGAGCAACACAGAUUAUUCAGGUACAGGCUGAAGGUUUGUCCCCGCUGAAUAACGGCCCCCUGGAGGAGCUAUCCCCUCCCGGGCAACAUCUCGCUCAUAUAGCAACGCAGUCCUACAAAAACGUCAGCCCUAAGCGUGUGCCGGACACAUGUGUAUGGUUUUUGGAGCAUCCAACCUUCCAACAGUGGAAAGACAGCAGCGGCGACCACCUUCUCUGGCUCUCUGCCGAUCCUGGCUGUGGCAAGUCGGUCUUGUCGCGAGCACUGAUCGAUGAGAAGCUGUUAGGCGAGGAAUCUGCUACAAUUUGCCACUUCUUCUUCAAAGACAACGAUGAGCAAAAUAACAUUGCGACUGCGCUACCUCCUCCAAAACACGUUGUUUCGGCUAUGAAGAAGUGUGGUCACUCACUGAAGAAUGAAUUCGAAGAUCUGUGGCAGAUUUUCUUAUCUGCUGCAUCGGAUUUGACUGCUGGGGAUGUCCUCUGCAUCGUUGAUGCGCUCGAUGAAUGCCGGCAGCCCGACCAGAACAAACUCAUCGGCUACCUAGAGCGCCUCUACAGCCGAUCUUUAGGCAAGCCCAAGUCGGGAUCUAAGUUGAAGUUCCUACUUGGAUUCUCUAGAAUAACGCGGAAUCCCCCGACUAUUCGACUGGCUGGGGAAGAAGAAUCGGAAAAGAUCAGUCGUGAAAUUGAGAUCAUUAUGAAAGCGAAAGUUAGGGAGAUAGCGGGGGAGCACUAUACGAAGAUCAGAACCUACCUCUGGCUACAUUUGACUUUGGAUGAAGUCAAACAUGCACUAGGAACGACGGAGAAAAAGUUGCUCAAGGUCAUCGACAUAUUGCCCAGAUCAGUUGAGGAAGCAUAUGAGAAAAUUCUAGCAAGAUGCACAGAGAAGGAGGGAAGGAAAUUGCUGCAGAUCAUUUUUGUAGCCCAGCGCCCACUGACGUUGAGCGAAAUUGAUGUAGCUCUAGAGAGUAGACGGGAUACAGCUACCUACGCGGAUCUCGACCUUGAAAAUCGUGCGGGUUGUUCAUUACUAUAUAGUACGCCAACGCGUCUACUUAACCCAUCAAACGGCAAAGGAGUUUCUAGUUCGGGAAAUCAACGAAUCGACCUCCAAAAAGCGCAUGAAAUGCUCUCUGGGAUAUGCAUUACUCAUUUGCUCUUCCAGGAAUUCCAAGAGGACUGUGUCCCCAGGUCAUCCGCUGUUCAAGCAUAUACAGAGAGGUACGCAUUCUUAGAUUAUUCGGCAAAUCACUGGAUAUUUCAUGUACAGGAAGGACAUAUAAGUAGCCCUGUGUGGGUUUCGAGAACCGCAAAACUCUGCGAAAUCGGUGAUGGAUUCUCUUCUGCAUGGUCUAAGAUCUACUUUACGUCAAAAAAUAUCUCGUACCUGUCAUCUCAUCAAUUCCUUCUAAAUAGCGGCAUGGACCCGAAUCCAAAAGGCGGCUACUUUGGGAACGCGCUUCAAGCAGCAGCACGCCUUGGUCACACAGGAGUGGCAAAGAUGCUACUUGAUUCAGGCGCAGACAUCAACACUUGGGGUGGUGCAUAUACUACUGCAUUACAAGCUGCAUGUACCUUCGGACAAACAGCAGUGCUUGACCUACUGCUGUAUGCAUAA